GGUUGCGUUUUUGGUUUCGUUGAAAGAAAAGUUAGUGAAUUUAUAUGUUAUUGUAAAUAAAGGCGAAUGUUUAAACAAAUCUCGGUUGAAUGAGUACAACUAAAACCUAAUGAAAAAUUUAACAUAAUGGAUAAUAAGAAGGAUAUUUACAAUUUGUGGGUGCAGUAUACGACCAAGAAUGAUGAGUCCUAUUUUCGUGAAUUCAUUGAACGUUUUGUGAAUAUCUGGAAGAGUCAAUUACCGAUAGAUUUUACACGUGACGGUCUACCGCUAUGGCAUGAGGUGCACCCGGAUAAUGGUCCACACCUGGGGCGCCUGCCGGAUGAGUUGCUACCAGCAAUAGGAAAAUUUAUUAUAAUCGCCCGCGAUGCUAGCGAAAAUGGCAUCCUCGACGAUGAACAGAUACGUCAGAUUGCAGUGUUGGUUGAUUGCUUGGUGAUAAUAUGUCGACAUUUUGAUAACAUUUUGGCGGUUAUAAAAUAUGAGUAUAAAUCGAAUUUAAUCGCUAUAUUAACGAACACUUUCAAAGAGUGUAUGACCCGCCAACAAGCUUCCAUAGAAGUAGUUCAUCUCUUUUGCAGCUUCUCUCAAUUUUUGGAAGUAAUGUAUGAUCCAUACUUGACUUGGCGUAGCUUCUUGCGCGGCGUUUAUGCGGAUUUUCACAAGAUACCAUACAAGCCACAUACGGUGCAUGUUGAAAUUGUGCCUUUUAUUUAUGAUUGUUUCCAAAAAGAUGAAAUCACCAAAUUUCCAUCAAUUGGAGAAUGUUUGGUGAAUGCUUUGGGUGCUGUCAUAUGUGGAUCUCAGAAAUCGCUAGCAUCUUUCGCAUCUAAAAGUACAACAAAUUGUGGUGAAGGGCAAGAAAUCUGUGAUAAUUUGCGUAAUGGCAUGCGUGCCAUUUGCCCGGCUACCGUUUCAGUCAUUAUGAAGAUUAUUUCUCAAUGGGAAAGUGCCAGCGAACUGCGUGCAGUUGCAUUGAAAUGCUGUGCUCUAAUGGCCAUUGUAUUACAAAAGUCUAGUCCUGAAGAACGCCAAAUAGAUUUAGUUACUUUAAUCCAACUUUACUGUGAUGCUAUACAAGCGCUAUUAAAUACCGAUCAUUUCACAAGCGGCAAUGGUGCGGCAUUCGAAAUCGCUAGCGAUGAUGAAGCCAGCGAUAUGAUUGUGGAUGUGAAUGCGCUUGCGGUUACAGUGGAAAAUGUGUGUCUCUUUCUGGCCGAUGGUCCGAAAGCGCAAAUUAUUUGUGAAACUAUUGCGGAGACUGCGCUCGUGGAUACGUUGAUAAGCAUUCCAAAGCAAAUGAAGGCCUGGAAUAUGGAUUAUACGCCAGUGCUUUGUGCUACUACAAAAGCAUUGGCUGUGAUUACACGCAAUUCGCCGGCAAUAGCCGAGCAUUUGCGUGUGUACGAGAAAAUAGAGAAAUUUUUUAAGAGUUUAAAAGUGUUAGCAGUGCCUACGGAUAAACUUUUGGAUGCCUGCUUUAAUAUGGCCUAUAAUGAGCAAACUAAUCUGCUGGUACUACCGGAGGUUGUGGUCAAAUUGAUUGAAUGGCUGCCGGAAAUGAAUGAGCGUGAACAAAUCUAUCUAAGCAAUGUGAUACUGUGCGGUUGUACCAGUAGUUAUGCGACUAAAUCCGCCGCUUGCGACAAUCGCACUAUUAAAGCCGCUUGUGAGUGUUUACAUCAGUAUGAAAAACUCACCGAAACCUGCAUUCAAAACUUCAUUAAGCUCAUUGAAGAACUAAGCAAAGUUAGCAUAAUUCCCAUUGAGUUAAAACGAGUUUUUAGUCUUUUGCGUGAGGAGAGCGGCUUUCCACAGUCAAAGCAAUUGUUACAAACGCUAGUCAUCUGCUCGUUGCAUAGUCUCAAAAGUAGCAAUGUUUGUACACAGUUUUUUACAAUCAGUGCACCGAGUGAUGGCAUUAUGGUGCCCGAUAUCAAAAACUGGGCCAUGUCUGGUUCAUAUGGUUUCAUUUUUCAUAUACUAUUAAGGCUGCGAGAGAAGCCGAACAACAAAUAUGGCAAAAACGCAGCAAAUACUGAGGCUACAAAGGAUGGCGAUCACCCGAAUUGCCGACGCAUGUUGCUCAAUUUGCGCACUGCCAGUCACACUGGAUUUGAAGUGUUCAUACAGAAUAGUGGCAAUUUGGUGGUUGCUGCUUUAACGCGUCGCGAAUAUCUCACAUCUGUAGUGCAUACGAAAACAUUGCUGGAUGGUCAAUGGCAUUAUGUUACUGUCGUGAUCACACCACCAAAGCGCCCUUUUUCUUAUAGCCAAAUAAAUGUUUACAUUGAUUUCAUGCAAAAGCUAAGUGCCACACUCAAAGUGCAGGCCAUCAAUGAGCCUUUCAACUUUUGCUCAAUCGGCUCUGCAGCUUUGCCACUUCGCGGUCAUCCUGUUCCACAUCAUACGUCCAGUGCUACCGGUUCUCCCUUGCCGCGCUCAUCAUCACAAGAGACGAGCAGUUCAUAUAAAGGUGUAUUGCCUAGUCUGCUCGAACGCACACUGUCAACUAAUGUUUCAAAUUAUUUCACACUACCACUCCGAACACAGAGUUCGUUCGAUCCGAAUGUUAAAAACUUUCCCAUCGGCAUGCAAGACACUGUGUUUGGCGAGCAAAUUUGUCUGCGUGGUGAAGUGGGUGCUGUCCUCUUGGCAGAGCCCACCACGAAUAUUAAAACGAUAUUCGAUGCGGGCAUACAUUUCCCUUCGAUAUUCUCGCAAGACAAUGAUUUGCUCGAGCUAACAUCGCGUUUUGUAUUCUGUUAUGCACCUGGUGGUUAUUGGAGCCAGAGUUGUCUAGAUCUCAUACCGAGCGGUCGUUUCCCAUCGCUAGUUCAUGCACAUCAUUGUUCCAUAGUAAAGAUACAGGACACAAUAAAUAGUAUAGGUGGCGUACAAGCUAUAUUACCGAUAUUGCAUCGUCUCACAAAGCAACAGGACGAUUUUUCAUUGUCCAGCGCAGACGGCAAUGAUUCUUUGAGUAGCGGUGAACAGUUGCGUACACCGACCGCCGAGGAAUUCUCCGACUGGGAAAUGUUAUCAUCAAAUUCCUAUACUGAAUGGAAAAUGAUACAAUUUCCUAUCGCCAGCUUUAUCUGUUUCCUACGAUACCUCACCCAUUGCCAUGAAAACAACCAGGAGAAUAUGCUGAAUAGUGAAUGUCUGCCAAUGAUUGGCGCUAUGCUGCGCAAGUGUUCGCCCAGCUUAUUUGAUGUGAAUGCACUGAUGGCAACGCAUCUUUUCAUUGAAUCACUGCAAAAUCAGAAGUCGGAGAGCGGCAAUGCGCACAGAAAUUCAACACUUUUGGACGUGCUAUAUACCGACAUCGCUUUUAACUUUCACAUUUGGGUGCGCAUGAACUUCGAAAUAACCUUGGGACAUGUGCAAUAUCUUAGUGCUAUGAUUAAGAAUGAUCGCAAGUUCUUUCGGAAGAAAUUCGGUAUACAAUUCUUUUUGGAUGUUGUGCGCGAUCAUUAUAGCACGCCGGAUAGCAUUACACCAGAUGAUGCGAAGACCAUACGCUCUGCCAUGUAUGCGAUUGUUUGCUUUUACCUGCAAAAAGAUGUGAAUAUUAAAGAAGUUUCUACAAUGAUUUCAUUUCUGGCAUCGGUGCGACGGGAAAACGUUUUAAUUGAAUUUUUGGAGAUGUUGACAUUUCACGUAAAUGGCAAAAACUGCAAAGAUCAAAUGAUUUUAUUACUCUAUGAACCGCAAACGGCAAAUUUGCUGUAUAAUUAUUUUGUGGAUAAAAGUUAUAGCACAGAGGUGCAAGAGGCGGCUAUAAGGUUCAUUAACAGCUUGCUCAGGACUUUGUUCGUUAAUCAGAAAUACAAACAAAUACUGCGACUACAUGAUAGUGCUAGCGACAAGUCACUCUUUCCUGGCUUAUUUUCCUACACCAUACCUAUGACGCUCAGCUCCACCAUACUCUUUCAUUUGGUUGACGAAAUGCUGUGCGGUGAAGCUGAUUACGCGGGCAUUGUCUUCCUUGUGCAUCAUGUCAGCACCUGUGAGUUGCCUGUUAAGUUGGAAAUUGCGAAACGUCUACUGCAAACCACAUUUGUCAAACAGAACUCGCCGCAGGCUAUAGCCAAACAAUCGGGCUGGCAGGAGUCCAUCGCACGUCUACUAAUAUACAAACCGAUUACGAAUAUAAAACCUGAUGAGGAGAAACGCAAGAGUUUUGGCAUUAGUUUGGAUGUGUUGUUGGAAGAUAAUGACGAUUUUGCGAAUCAAUCGGAUUUGAUUAGUUUCUGUGAACAGCAAGUGGAAUUAGAUCAAUUAGGAAAACACCCAGACGAUGAGCAACCCGAUGGUGGUUUAAUAUUGAACGAAAUACAAGCGAGUGUCACUGAGGCAGCUAAUGUGAUUGAAAGUGAAAUUAAAGAGUUGGCCGAAUCGGUUUCUGGUGCUGUUGUGGAAAACGUUUCAUCUGUUUUUUCAGUACUACGCCAAACAACUCACGAUAUUCAAGAUACUUUCGAGUCAUUGACUUUAGGCGGUUCGGCUGACGCCGAAACAAUGAGUCUUUCACGUCGGCGCACAGAAUCUAUAAGCUCAGAUAGUUCAACACAAUCGCCAAAACGCAACGUAAAGAAAAUUGACGCAGAAAACAAAACGACUGAUUUUGAAUUUCCACCUGAUGCCGAUGUGGAUGGUGAAGAACAGCUCGUGUACCUGGUUUCAAAUAUAUUAUUCACUGUUUUCUGGCGCGGCGUUAGCAAUGACCAUCCACAAUGUUGGAAGGAACGCGGCCAAGUGUUGGGCUGUAUAAAUUUGCUGGCACUCAACAACGAUCUAGUCACAUCACAUCUCUCGCUGCGGCUACGCAUUCUGGAAAUGGCUGUACAGGCAUCACUAUUUGAUUUGUCAGAAAAUGGCAAUCAAACAUUGAUAAAUCAAGAGAACGCCUCACAAAUUCUACGCAUGGUCUACGAUCUUGUGGUGCUCGGUUCGAAUGAGGAUGAAUCAAAGAAAUGUUCGACAAAGUUGUUAGAUGGCGUUUUAGCUCUGUUGGAUGCUUUAAUGAUAUUUCAACAAGGCUCUUCGGACGAUUGGUCAGACAUGAUACGUCUAUGUUUGGGCUUGCUAUUGAAAUGCUCAUAUCAUCCUAAUCCAGGUGUGGUUGCAAUGGCUACGGCAAAGUUGCAUGCAAUUUUACAGAGCCGCAGCACAGAAGAUCCCAGCGAACUGGCGUAUUUGUUGUUCAGCAUUAAUCGUGCAUUGGACAAUGCAAUUGAAGUUGGCAAUCCGGAGGAGUAUUCAUUUCUGAUGCCAGUUAUGAAAGCGUUACUCGAAAAAUGCCGAAACGCUUUUAAUUUGGAUAUAAAUUUACCUGAUUUACCGCCUACCUCUUCGGGCCCAGUUUUUUUCAACGAUUUUCAAAUGUACAGCACAAGCAAAAAGUGGCGGAAUUUUAUCGAACGCAUCGUCAAACCCUUACAUGAUGUCUAUCAGCGUGAAAUCGAACUAACCCUUUGGGAGCCCAUUAAUCGUUACUGGGCCGAAUGCUAUGAAGCCUGCAAGGCAGCCUCAAAGCGGCGCUGCACAUACCAAGCUGAAAAUCGACGAAUUUUCAAUCAAAAAAUUGUCAUGCCCUGGAAAGUACGUCAAGUCGAAGAGAUGACACGUCUUAAUACCGCUGCGCUAGCACAAAAAACAACAAACAGUCACAUCAAGAAGCGUUGGAAAACGGCCAAACGAUUUUUGUACGGACCGCGUGGACCGUGGUUUACGGGUAAUUUGGGUGAGGAAUAUUGGAUGUUGUCAAAUCAUGAGAAUGUUGCACGCAUGCGCCUCAAACUCGAACCGCAAUUGUAUCCGAAUAAACACGAGAAUGCGGCGAAUUUGCGUGAUAAUGCCACAAAUGCCUAUGAUCCAAGAGAAAUCUCGGAAUUCGAUUCGACAAUUAAAAAUGCCGUUGUACGUGAUUUCUUAGCGGAUGAUGAGAAUCUCCAACUUGAAGAAGAGCUGCGUCAAUCGAUUGAGGCUCAAUCGCAGCAGGAUGUGCCACUAGAGAAAUCAGUUAUUUCGCAGGAUUGUGAACUCAUUACGUUGAUGACAAAAGUUAAAGGUAAAAUCGAGGUGAAUCAAACGCUCUUUACCUUUAUCGACUUGAGUCCGCCGUCGGAGGAUGGCUCCAAGCAUGAUUUUCGCUUCCCUAUCAGUAAGAUACGUGAAGUACAUUUACGUAAAUAUAAUUUGAGACGCAGCGCUUUAGAAAUAUUUUUAAUAGAUCAAACCAGCUAUUUUUUGAAUUUUAUAACAAAGACUCGCAACAAAGUUUUUACAAAAAUUUUGAGCCUGCAACCACCAAACAUUUUAUAUGGCUCAGGUCGUUCGCCGGGAGAAUUGCUGCGCACUUCAGGACUCACGCAGAAAUGGGUAAAUCGUGAGAUCUCAAAUUUCGAAUAUCUUAUGUACCUGAAUACAAUUGCAGGGCGCUCCUACAACGAUCUCAGCCAGUACCCUGUAUUUCCUUGGAUUUUAUCUGACUACACGAGUGAUGUUUUAGACUUAACUGAUCCAAAAUCAUUCCGCGAUCUCUCCAAGCCCAUUGGUGUGAUUAAUCCCAAAAAUGAAGCUGGUGUACGCACCAAAUACGAAUCAUUUGAGGAUCCUUCUGGCGCGAUUCCGAAAUUUCAUUAUGGCACACAUUAUUCUAAUUCAGGCGGUGUAUUGCACUAUUUGCUACGCGUGGAACCAUUUACUUCGCUACAUAUUGAGCUGCAAAGUGGACGCUUUGAUGUGGCGGAUCGCCAAUUUCAUUCGAUACCACAAACAUGGAAAUUAUUAAUGGACAAUACGAAUGAUGUGAAGGAGUUGAUACCGGAAUUCUUUUAUUUUCCUGAAUUUCUGAAAAAUAUGAAUAAAUUCGAUUUGGGCCACUUGCAAAUAACAAAAGAAAAAGUAGACGAUGUCAUACUGCCACCUUGGGCCACCACACCCGAGGAGUUUAUUGCCAUCCACCGACGUGCUUUAGAAUCAGAGUAUGUGAGCCAAAAUCUGCACCAUUGGAUCGAUUUGAUUUUUGGCUACAAACAAAAGGGUCCCAAGGCUGUCGAAGCGCUCAACGUUUUUUACUACUGUUCAUAUGAAGGUGCCGUAGAUCUCGAUAAAAUUACCAAUCCCGUCGAACGUGAAGCUGUUGAGGGUAUGAUCAACAACUUCGGACAAGUGCCAUCACAAUUGUUGCGUGAACCACAUCCGCGUCGUUUAACACAAGAGGAAACCGCUUUGAAAUUGGUGCGUGCCGAAUUGAAACGGCCAGAUCUUAUGCAAUUUCUCGAUAAGGUUGUGCAAUACUAUUGUGAGCUAUCAACGCCAAAAGAUCCAAUUGUCUUCCUAAGCGCUCCCCGAAGUCCCCCGCGUUCAUUUCUACAGCUCAGUCCAGAUGUGCUCGUCAGCAUUUCCAAAUCGUGUAUACUCGGUGCGAAUUCGUGGAUGUCAUACGAUAAGGAGCGGGGAUUUUUGCUGGAAAUCGAUGCGACUACCACCAACUUGAAAAACCGUAAACGCAUAUUUGGUCCUUUCCAUCCCUCGCAAAAUCCACACUCACAAUUAUUUGCGGUAAGCACAGAUGGCAAAUUGUUAUAUGUGGGUGGUAUUUGGGAUAACUCACUGCGUGUAUAUAAUUUGCACAAGGGCAAAACGGUGGCAUCUGUGACGCGUCACUUAGACAUAAUUACCUGUCUGGCGUUAGACAACUGUGGCUCCUAUUUAGUGACCGGUUCACGUGAUUGCACCUGCAUCGUUUGGAGCAUACAAAGUCAACAGUACGGCAGCACGCAGACCAGCACAAACAUUCCAAUGCAUGCGCUUACAGGCCAGGCGCAUUUGCAGACUGUCACGCAGUUAAAUACGCAAAAUGCUUUCUCACCUAAACCAUUGACCACCCUCUAUGGGCAUGAUGAUGCUAUAUCGAGUGUUGCCAUUUACACCGAAUUGGAUAUGGUCAUUUCAGGAUCGCUGGACGGCACUGUCAAUGUAUAUACCAUACAGGAUGGUCAAUUUGUGCGCACACUUAGGCCAAUUGGUUGCACUGAGACCUGCGUGCAAAUUUCGUUCGUUACAGUUUCAUAUCAUGGUCACAUUGCAUUCAGUGCAUUGGACGAUACCUCGCAUUCGGUGCAUGUCUACAGCAUCAACGGCACAAGUCUUGGUUCCAAAUACGUAUCCGGGCGUGUAACUGGCUUGGAUACAGCUACCGAUUAUUUGGUGGUGGCGGACGAUGCUGGUGAUAUCACCAUGAGUCGUUUGCAUGGGCUAAAACCAGUGUUUGACAUUCCACUCCAUAUUCCAGUACAAACGGUUGUGGUAACACCUGGAAACACACACAUACUUGCACCUCUGCGAGACGGGCGGUUGGCGGUGAUUGCCGUGGAAAUCCCCUCUGGCAACAAUAAAAAGCAUUCCGUACUCAACGUUUAGUAAAAUUCAGAAACUUGAAGUAAAAAAGAUUAGUUAACAAAAGAAAAUAGUUGACUGAAAUUUAGACUAGGCAGCCACAAAUUCUGAUAUGUGUCAACAAAAAAAUUGAGAGCUAAGAGACAGAAAAGCAACAAAAAAUUAAUAUGUAAAAAAAAACUAAAAUGUUACAGCCCAUAUUAACACAUGCACACAUUUAAGCUCUGGUAAGCUGGA